AUGCACCCCACGACGCCUUCACCCGAGUAUAAGCGCCGGAAGAUGAGCAACGGCAAGAUCGCCAUUCUCGCGGAACCGCGACAGUUCACCCACGACCUUGCAGCCCCCUCACAGGCGAUGAACCGGGCUUUUGCCAACGCAUCCCCGGCUGCCAAAGAACAGCCUCUCCAAUACGCCUCCGCGACUUCAUACGGCCGACCGUAUCCGCUGCCGUUGGGCCAAGCGGGUUCAACCUUCCACUCCUACGAUUCUCAGGCCUUUAUUGGCCCUAACGGCUCACCGGUGCAGGCACCUAUGGCGGACGCGUAUGAUGAGGAGACCCAACACUUCCGCGACGUCCAUGAUGGUAGCCCCAUUAACGUGGUCGAUGUGGAGGGAGUAGAUGAGCAGCUCACCGACGGCGAGGCUUCCGCUAGUCAAGACGCUGACCCGGCUUUUCCUGUGGGCCAUGCCGGACGCGGCGCCGCUUCUGUCGCCACACGCCGCACUCGCAUCAGUGAUGCAGGCGAGCGCGGCGUGGGGCCUUUUGGGGACCAGGGCGGGUGCGUGGGCCAAGACCGUCGUGUCUGGCCCCCCGGAUUCGAGCGGGACUUGGAGACAAUUGCGCUCAUGAAGUCGGACAAAAUCUCCCCCGAUGUAGUACGCAAAUUUUUCGCGGAUUAUUCGAAUGUGAUCGAAUAUCCGGAUCCGCCGAAACGAGGGGGUGGCACCGGCACGCCAAUAGACUCGAACUGGAAGUGCCAGAUACGCGAUUGUAAAGGGGCUGGACGGAGGGGUGCCGUAACCGCCAAGCAGCAUGUGGAUAAUUACCACAUGCCGCCUCGAUAUGAGUAUGGCGGACGCUUCUUUCGGCCUCCCAAUUACUCUCGCCUCGAGCUGAGUCAGGAAGAAAAAGAGGCGGUCACGGAUCACUUUAAAAAUACGAAUUUCGAACACGCCUGCUACGAACUCGUUUGGGAGAAGUGUUUCCCCGGGACCAAGGACACUGGCGGCUUCUAUAGCAGAAAGCGU